GUAGUGGCCACUCGCGCAUAAUCAGUGACGUACGAGUCGAAAAGGAAGGGCAUGAGAAGUUGAAGUGGAACGCGGCUGCUGGCUUUAAAAGUGUUCUCAGAGAACGAGAGCGUUCCAUUCCCUUGAAAGAUUCAUUUUAAACCACCGUUUCGUUCACGAAACUAACACCAGAAAGAGGAGACACAGGGAGAAAGAAAGCCUGCCGAUGAUUCACAUCACAGUUAAGCAGAGAGGGCAAGAGCCUCGACCGCGACGCUGCCAUGCAGAUGCUACACUAUUCACAUGCCCCUUCUGCACAGCUGAUGUGUGUAAACCAAGACAGUACCACCAAAUAAUGACCCAUAUAGCUGGACAUAAACUGAGAGCGGUUGAAUAUGGAGAUAAUGUUAUGUACAGCUGUAACAUUGGCUGUGGCAAAAAGACCAGACAUUUUCACUGCUGCCAGUGUCCCAAGACUUACAUCAAAAAAGGAGACCUAAAACAGCAUCUUUCCAGUGCUCAUCCAAUAGCCACUUGCACUCCAGAACCACAACCUGUAAGUCACCCACUGCAAGAACCUCCUUCACACCAACAACCAGCAUCUCAUCCACAAGAACUUGAUGUGCAGCAAACAGCACCUCCUGAGAUUGAGAGAAAGCAGAUCUCUGUGCAGGGUCCUAGUAGGCACAUCACAGUUAAGCAGAGAGGGCAAGAGCCUCGACCGCGACGCUGCCAUGCAGAUGCUACACUAUUCACAUGCCCCUUCUGCACAACUGAUGUGUGUAAACCAAGACAGUACCACCAAAUAAUGACCCAUAUAGCUGGACAUAAACUGAGAGCGGUUGAAUAUGGAGAUAAUGUUAUGUACAGCUGUAACAUUGGCUGUGGCAAAAAGACCAGACAUUUUCACUGCUGCCAGUGUCCCAAGACUUACAUCAAAAAAGGAGACCUAAAACAGCAUCUUUCCAGUGCUCAUCCAAUAGCUACUUGCACUCCAGAACCACAACCUAAACAACCAGCAUCUCAUCCACAAGAACUUGAUUUGCAGCAAGCAACAUCUCAUCCACAAGAAUUAGCAGCUGUUCCAGUGAUCUCUGUUCAGUUUCCACAUAGGCACAUCACAGUUAAGCAGAGAGGGCAAGAGCCUCGACCGCGACGCUGCCAUGCAGAUGCUACACUAUUCACAUGCCCCUUCUGCACAGCUGAUGUGUGUAAACCAAGACAGUACCACCAAAUAAUGACCCAUAUAGCUGGACAUAAACUGAGAGCGGUUGAAUAUGGAGAUAAUGUUAUGUACAGCUGUAACAUUGGCUGUGGCAAAAAGACCAGACAUUUUCACUGCUGCCAGUGUCCCAAGACUUACAUCAAAAAAGGAGACCUAAAACAGCAUCUUUCCAGUGCUCAUCCAAUAGCUACUUGCACUCCAGAACCACAACCUGUAAGUCACCCACUGCAAGAACCUCCUUCACACCAACAACCAGCAUCUCAUCCACAAGAACUUGAUUUGCAGCAAACAGCACCUCCUGAGAUUGAGAGAAAGCAGAUCUCUGUGCAGUUUCCACGUAGGCACAUCACAGUUAAGCAGAGAGGGCAAGAGCCUCGACCGCGACGCUACCAUGCAGAUGCUACACUAUUCACAUGCCCCUUCUGCACAGCUGAUGUGUGUAAACCAAGACAGUACCACCAAAUAAUGACCCAUAUAGCUGGACAUAAACUGAGAGCGGUUGAAUAUGGAGAUUAUGUUAUGUACAGCUGUAACAUUGGCUGUGGUAAAAAGGCCAAACAUUUUCACUGCUGCAAGUGUCCCAAGACUUACAUCAAUAAAAGUGAUCUAAAAAGGCAUCUUUGCAGUGCUCAUCCAAUAGCUCCAGAAACACAACCUGUAGGAUGCCCACUACAAGGACCUUCUUUACAGCAACCUGCACCUUGUCCUUUGAAAUUAGCAGUUCAUCCAGCGGUGGCUAAACGAAAGCAAACCGUGCAAUGUCCUCACUGCGGGCUCAGUCUUAAUUCUAAAAACUUAAAGAAACACAUUGAGCGGAAGCAUCAUGAAGUCUUGCAUCCCGAAACUUCAGUUCUACCAGCACAGUGUGUCGAUAAAAAGAAUGGACUAUAUGUUGUACAAGAAUCAUUUUCUGAGCCCUGUACCCUCAUCCAUGUGGUAAAGAAAUUUUGGGGUUCAUCCCACAAGGUUAUGUGUGAAAUGGAUAUUUGCAACAGUCGUGUUGAUAUGGCACAAAGGAGUGAACUUUUGGUUGAACAGUGUGUGCAUCUAAGCUCAGUAGACUACACCUGUGCUGUUGCACCGAGUGAGGAUUUACCAGAGCAUGUGUUGACUGAGAUGGUGGAGCGAAAAUGCAUUGGGGACAUAAGGAAGAAACGAUGCCUUAAGCUGCAGAAUCAGGCUAAAAGUAAAGGUGCCACAUUUGCUAGCCUUGUUACAAUUGGAGGCCCCGACUACAUGUAUUAUAUAUCAAUUUAUGAGCCAAAGGUGACACAUUACAGUAAACUGGGCAGAGUCUUGGUGAAUUACAAUGCUAAGAUAAACACUUGGAAUUGCCCUUGUAGCAAAGGUAGAACAUCAUGCCCGCACAAGAGUAUUGCAAAGUGGUGUCUCUAUCAAAUGAAGAAGCAGCUCUUCAAAAACCUGCCUGAAACAGAGGAAGGAAUUGAACCAGUGCAACAUGAGGACCUGGCUAGCCAGCAGUGCUUCCAAAAAUGGGUGCCCAUGACUGGUUAGCUCAGCCCAAAAGAAAAUCAGACUCUGAGAAAUGUUGACAUGUUGAUAAAUGAAAUUUCCUGUAAUCUUUUGACAUAUAAGAGGUUAUUGACUAUAAAAGCAUACUGUCAGCUCAACUCAAAACUUCCUUGGUAAUCCAAAAACAGUGUUUAUUGAAACCAAGACACUUGUUUUUUUAAACUUCCUCGUCUUUAUAUCAGCGCAAGACUGCUGCACAGACACACAUCAACACCCGAUACUUCAUCAUCAGUUCUGUGGCUCGAUCCAUUGGUGCAUAAGUGAGGUGAAAAGGAUAGACAGGAGAAAUGCUAAAACAGGAUCACGGGACUAAAAAUAGCAUUACCUUCUGAAGGAUCAUGUUAGGAAAAAUGUUUCCACAAUGUGAAUUUCUCAGUAGAACAUCAUUUGUUGUUUGGUACACUCCACUGUGAAUUCUCUUCAGUCACAAAUAAACGUAAGCUUUUCAAACAGGCUUUUAUGGGGAAAUGGAUCCGUCAGUAAUGCAGCAUCAUGAAAGCAUGUCAGUUCUAAUGCCUUAUCUGUCAUAAAAUUGAUUUAAAAAAAAAAAAAAAAAAAAAGUUACGUAUAUUGCUACAGGACUAUUCCUGCAGUAUGCAUAGAAACAUCCUGUUUCAAAAGGAAAUACAUAAACAGUAAUGAAAUUGUGCUUGUUAAGUGAUUUAAUGGGGUCUUUAAUACUGUAAUAAAUUACAAUCUCUUCAAUAAGUGAAAAUUACAGAUUGCAUUAGAAUAUGUAUAUAGUAUAAUGACAGACGAAAGGCUCAAUGUGCAUAAGCAACCUGUCCCAAACAAGAUAUAACAAUGGCUCAUUUUAAGCUUCUUGACAGGUCAUUCAGGUUUGAUUUAAUAUCUGCUGGAAUUUAUGAUAUCAUGUAACCUAACAAGUUGAAGAAAAUUAGCAGAACAAGCAUUAAAGACCCUCCAGAGUGCUUAGUGGGGGUUAGGCACUUGUCUACAUAGUUCUGUUUAUUCCAAACUCACCACUAUUGUUUUGUUUAAUAUACUGUAUAUAUAUAU